AUGCACAAUUCUAGAUCUUUUCCUUUGUUUAAUGUUUUUUUCACUUCCAUAUUCUGUUUGUGUCAGGCCUUUGUUUGCAUUGCACUUGUUUCUUCUGAGUUCCGUUUGUGGAAGAGCAAGAACUACAUGGCAAUAAUGAGGACGGUUUUUCAAGAUGAAGCAGCACAAUUGAUUAGCUCUGAUCUCAGUGAAAUGGGUGCAGCUGCUAAUAAGCUUGCUCAACAUGUCAUCAACCUUGGUAUCUCAGGUUUUGGAGUCUCCAUCCUCGAAUUGAUCGCUUCCAUUGCUGCUAUUUAUUUGUUAAUUUUGGAUCGCACAAAUUGGAAGACGAACAUUCUUACUUCACUACUCAUUCCAUACAUUUUCUUCAGCCUGCCUUCAUGGAUUUUUAAUGUGUUCAGGGGAGAAGUUGGGAAGUGGAUUGCUCUCAUUGCAGUUGUAUUACGGCUUUUCCUUCCAAGGCACUUCCCUGAUUGGCUGGAAUUGCCUGCAGCUUUAAUUCUUCUUAUCGUUGUAGCUCCUGGUCUAUUUGCAAACACAUGUAGAAGCAAUGCAGUUGGGGUGGCAAUAUGCCUUGUCAUUGCAUGUUAUUUGCUGCAAGAACACAUUCGGGCAUCUGGUGGUUUUAGAAAUUCCUUCACAAAAGCUCACGGCAUAUCAAAUACAGUUGGCAUAAUCCUUCUGUUAGUCUUUCCCAUCUGGACGCUGGUGCUUUACAUUGUAUAGGCACAAACUUAAUAGAGUAGCAAAUUUGGAUUUGGUUGAUGUUUGUGAGUGAAACAAUUGAUCUUCUCUAUUGUUCAUUUAAUGGAAAUUGAUUUGUGGCUUACGCAUGUCCCUAUAGUUUGUAUGUGUAUAAAUGUGAAGUGAAAUAUUAUUGAAAGACUUUUGGCUUCAUUGAACCUAAAAUGUAAAACUGAUGAGCAAUGUGGUAUAUCCCUAGCUUCUUGUGUAUUCAUAA